AUGGAAGUUUAUUAUAUUCUUAAACGAUUAUUGAUAGUUCUUCACAUUAAUCUCGCUCUGUGCAUCGGAAUGGACGAAAUAAUUUCGAGCGUGGCGAUGCUGGCGCAAAGGCCAACAAGGAUUGUCGGAGGAAAAGACGCGGAGAAAGGGUUGCAUCCUUGGCAGGUUUCGGUGCAUUGGGGUGACCGAGCACGAAAAAUUCCAUCGAGACACAUCUGCGGCGGUAGUUUAGUGACAGCUGGAUGGAUUUUAACUGCGGGACAUUGCAAAACUCUGGCACCUCCAAUAGGAGAAUUUCACAUCUUCGUUGGGAAAUAUAAAUUGGAGGCUGUUGAAGAAACCGAGCAAAGUAGAUUAGUGAAUAGAGUAUUCGUUCAUCCACAAUACGAUGGGACCAUAGGACCGUACGACAUUGCACUGAUGCAAGUGGAAUAUCCACUCGAGUUAAAUCCUUUUGUUUCAACCGUUUCUUUACCGUAUCCAGAUACUAUUCCUACUGGAGAGGCGAUGUUAACUGGCUGGGGAAGUAUCGGAAGGACUCGUGUUCACGAAAAGCCUGAAAACCUUCAAGCAGCUAUACUCCCGAUCAUCGAUUACGAUGUGUGCAUGCAAGCAGUAGCUAAAUCAUUAAAGCCGAAGGAAAAGAAUCCUCUACAUCCGACGAAUAUUUGUACAGGACCUUUGAACGGCAGCCUGUCUGCUUGCAAAGGUGAUUCGGGAGGACCAUUAGUCACGAGAAACGGGUUUGGCGAAGCAGAAGUGGUGGGAGUCGUUUCAUGGGGUUUAUUCCCGUGCGGCGGAAAGAACGCGCCCUCCGUCUACACGAGAGUGUCCGCCUUCGUCACGUGGAUCAGUAUGAUCAUGUUAAAUUAUUCUUAA